GGGGCUGUUUCCGUCAAACAACUGAUUCCAGGAUAUCCUCCGACCAAAUGUUGGCUUUCGGCACCAAUGCCUUCAAACUACUUCUAGCAUUCCCAACAACGAAUCCAGGGCCACAACGGGGGCCAUGGCCAGACUGAGGCUCCCCCAAGGAGUCAAGAAAACCCUCAAGUUAUCCCAAUUUGAUUAUCUCACUCGUAAUCUGCACCACUUUGCUUAAAAAUGGACAUAAUUACUUCUGUAUUUGUCAUCCAAAGAAAACGAGGAAAAGGCGAUUUGUCACAGUGGGGUCUAUUUAAUUUUCCUCUCCUUCUAAAGCGUGUAAAAUGCCUUCACAUGUAGCCAAACCCCCCAGGAAGGCCAUAAAAGGUUACAAAAAAAUUUUCCAAAUGUUGGCUCCCCGGAAACAACUUGAGUUUGUCUCCUUCCCCACGAAAACGGUUCUGAAUCAGCCAUUGAGCAUCCCUAUUAAUUGAGCUGUUAGUGGAAGAAUAUAGCAAUGUGAUUGAUAUUAUCAUGAUUGGCAGAUGAAGGCUGGAACUUCGGGGGGGGGAAUGGAAAGAAAUUAAUUUUACAUAAUGAAAAUAGAAAGUACGUACGCAUUUCAAAAUUCAAAAGGGGGUCACUAUAGGGCAGCAGCGUAGCUGGGGCGGGGGUCCACGUAUAAUAAAAAUAGUUGUUACCCCACUGGAAAAAAAAUGAAUUGUGCCGCCCCACACUGCAACAGAUAGCUACCUCCACUCGCUCUAGUGAAAACCUUCAAGUUGGCGGCGGCGCAAAGGCGGACGCUCCAGGGGGACACCCCCACGAGAGGCGUCAACAAAAGUAACAAUUGUUUUUUUAAUAAAGAGAAAAAGGUAUUUUUGUUCAGUUUCAUUUCCCCUCUUUCCAAAAGCGUGGGAAAAGCCUCCAGUAUGUAACCUCACCUCUCAGAAAGGCAAUAAAAGGUUUCGUGACAAUUUCCCAACCACCCCCCCCCCCAAAAAAAACCUUAAAAAUCCCCAGACUAACAAAAUAGUGCGGUAUCCUGUAUACAUCUUUUCGUUCUCGUGUGCCAACGUACGUGCAGUCGUAGUCUAGUCUGGCUGCAAACAUUGAGCCAUUAAUUUUAUACGUGAGAGUGACGGGUGAGAGGGGAACUCCGAACGGCUAAAAAUAAAUCUUCUAGUACUAGCCUUUUACGAGACGAUAUUGCAAGAUACUUUAUAGGGGACGUGAAAUGUAAGGGCUUAGGCCUACUUGGGGCCUGCACAACAUGAUCACUCGUUACAGUGCAGUUACCUAUGGUGGCGCUGGAGGGACAUCAUCAAUCGUGACGUAAGUAACACCAUGGCAUCCCCUGCGAGGUUAAAACCACAGCCCAAACCAAGAGCCAGCAAACGGAGCAGUGCUGCUGCUCCAGCACCAAAGAAUGAUGAGUACGCAGAGCCUAAGGACACAAAGGAAGAAGUCAUCUAUGCCACUCCUGGUGAAGCCAAUGUGUAUGACAUCCCUCAGCGUGGCAACAUGUACGCCACUCCUAAUCAGAGUCCAACUAGUACCAGCCCGGUCCACAGCAGCAAACCAGGGUCUCCCGCCAUGGAGUGGGAUGGAUACCAGACUCGGAUGUCCCAGGACAGUCACCGGUGGGAUCAGACCCCACCAGAGAUUCCCCCUUUUGACUUAGACUUGGAAGAUCGGGAUGACGCAGGCUCGGAAGACUCCGGCGAGGUCUGUUCAGGUCGCUGCUCAUCUUGUAAAGCCAUCUUGCAGCCGUGCAUGACGCAGUACAACCCCUUACCCGACAACCCCACCCUGUGCGGGCGCCUGAAAUACGCCCUCCUCUGCCCGCCCCACGGGAGGGUGUCGAGGGAUUUGACGCUGGUUCUGCUCAUGUGUCUGUCCUGGGGUGUGGUGUUGGGUGUGACCGGGAAUGAAGCACUUCCAGGGGGGACCUUCUUCGCGUUGUAUGUAUUGACCAUCUGCUGUGUGUUUGGAGGAUUUUUGGUGAAACUUGUUCGACUUCCACCUUUAUUAGGCAUGCUUAUCGUUGGCUUCCUACUCCGUAACGUCCCCCGUAUCAAUAUCGCCGUGGACAUCGACAAGGAGUGGUCGUCCGCCCUCCGGAGCGUUGCCCUAGUUGUGAUCCUACUGCAGGCAGGUCUGGGCUUGGACGCCAAGGCGUUAAGGAGUCUCAGCAUGGUGUGCCUGAGGCUGUGCUGCCUGCCCUGCCUGGUGGAGGCUUGCGUGGCUGGCGUGGUCUCCCACUUCCUCCUGGGGUUCCCCUGGACGUGGGGCUUCAUGCUGGGCUUUGUGCUUGGUGCCGUCACACCGGCUGUUAUAGUCCCUUCCUUGCUGUCUCUCCAGAGUCGAGGCUACGGCGUUGCUAAAGGCAUUCCGACCCUGGUGAUUGCCGCGGCCAGCUGCGAUGACAUCCUAGCCAUCAGUGCCUUUGGGGUGAUACUCGGUGCUGCCUUUGCCACAGGCGACCUUGUCUACAACAUACUACGAGGACCCCUGGAGUUGGUCGUGGGGGUCGCGUUUGGCUGUCUAGCUGGAGUGGUUCUGUGGUACCUACCAGACAGAUACCAGAAAUCUUUUGUCAUGCGGCGCACCUUUCUGCUCUUUGGCGGGGGGCUGUUUGUCAUCUUCGGCAGCGCUGCAGUGAAGUUCUCUGGUGCGGGGCCCCUCGGCUGUCUGACUAUGGCUUUUGUGGCAGGAUACGGCUGGAGAAAAAGCAAGGAGCCUGUUGUAAAGAACAUUGAUUUCCUGUGGGUUAUCUUCGAGCCAUUGCUGUUUGGACUAAUUGGUGCAGAAGUUGCCGUAGAAACAGUGCAGCCAGCCACUAUCGGCCUUGGACUGGCGACGUUAUUCAUCGGGUUGGUUGCCAGGCUAGUGGCCUCAUUCCUCGCUGUCUUCAGAGCCAAAAUGAAUCUCAAAGAGAAGAUCUUCAUUGCCCUCGCUUGGCUGCCUAAAGCAACUGUGCAGGCUGCGAUUGGACCUGUUGCUCUUGACACAGCCAUCAAGCAGGGAGCUGGCAAGGAGUAUGAGGAGCUGGGAACACAGUUGCUUACUGUCGCAGUUCUCUCCAUCCUGGUCACGGCUCCCCUGGGGGCCAUCGCCAUAGCGUUGGCUGGGCCACGCCUCCUCAGCAAGUCUGUCAACGAGGUGCCCAGAGACAACAACAACCGCCGACCUAUAAUCCAUCUGGUAGGGACACCCCCAGAGAGCGAAGUCGUGGAGCUCUCCCCCGUCAGCCCCGAGCCGGAUCAUUCCAAUCUGCUGGAUAGGGGGGCCAAGGCUGCCCGAAACGAUGAAAGCGUUUGAAGAAUUUGUUCAGUCCUGACUGCGCCAUGGAUGAAACACAGAGGUGAUGUGUUCUGAAUUUAGCACUGGACUGAGAGAAUUGAAGGAUGACAGGGUAUUGCCAAUAAUUCCCACCGUUCAAAAACUUUCCCAGAGCAAUAUUAAUUAUGACAAUUAAAUAAUUGCUUUGUCUGCGUGUAAAGCCGUUUCCGUGGAAAUGAUGAAAUUUUUCUGUAGAGUUUAAUAUGAUGAAGCAUUCUACUUUUGGUCUUCUAAUUGGUUUAAGUAAGCAAAAGAUGAUUCAUUAAGAAAUAAUUCACUAAAGGUUGUAAAUAUGAUUUCCCUACCAACGUUUCAAGAGUCCAGCUUGUGUGAAAAGGAAGUGAAGUGUUGUAUUUACAGCAUAAGGGCCACCGCUGAACGGACAAAUUUACUCGGACAGUACUCUUGGUGAAGGAAUUUUUUUUCAUGAUUUGUCCUAAAGGUGCGCCACAAAGACAGUUAGCCAGCUGAGACAUUUUUUUCAAAAAAGGGCAAUGGGCAUGCAAGGAGAAAGCAGCUGAAAUCACAAGAGCUUGAACGUGUUCGGCCACUCUGAUAAGGCCAACCUUGCACGCAAACACCGAUGUUCUCAAAUGACCAAUGGUACACUUUCGUUUUUGAGCAGGAGGUGUCGGAUUACCCAACUUGCUCACUCUAUGCCCCAUGAUUUCAAGCAUCAGUCAAGGUCGGGACAAAUAUGGAAACGGCGUGUACUUUGUUGGCUGUAAUGAGUGUAUAGUACUAAUUCUUUGUGAUGUGGCUCAUUAACCUCUUUAACAAAUUAAUUUUCUUGGGCAAAGAAAUAAGUACUGUAUUAUGCUUUGGCCAUUAAAACGUACUUUAGUCAAUUUGUGUAACUUUAUUCAUCUCUUUAUAAGAGAGUAGUGAUAACAGGUGGUAGCCUCAUUGUUGUAUGAAAUCUAGUGUCUGGGUCAGUGACCUUUACCUCACUUUACAGUAUUCGUGUGUUGCUUUCGGUGUUUAUGAUUCUGAAUGUGUGAAUUUUUUACUUAAUCGAUGUCAUUGUACUGCAGACUGGCUAUUAAAUGUUUCAACCUAUUUCCACAAUUUGUCCAUGUAAAUAUUGCAUAAUGCUAUGACUCAGAUGAACUAGUUGUGGUUAAAGUUUAUUCUGCUUUGUGAGCUGUAAAUUUUAUCUUUAAGAAAGUGUAUUCAAAAUUCCUCUUCUUUAUUUUGUAUACAACCAUUAAAUAUGAUAUUCUAGAUCAGGUAGGCCUAGAUGAACUAUGAACCAAUAAUUCGGAAUUGUGGUUAAAAUACUAAUGUUUUUGAAAAAAUUUAGAACAUAAAUGCCCAUCUUAGGGCAAAAAUUGGA